UGACCCAUUCUAGAAAUAAUGUCUGAUAACGGGGAACUUGAAGAUAAGCCACCAGCUCCUCCGGUACGAGUGACCAGUACAGAUUUUAGGUCUGGAACAAAAGACCCACUUUCAAGCAACCAUAAUCUAAAACCUCUUCCCUUGAUUCCUGAAGAACGAAAAGCAAGGAACAAAAUAAUAUCCAUGUUUAAUUCUGGCACAGAAAAAGGGAGCAAGAAAAAACCAGAACGUCCUGAAAUUUCCCCGCCAUCAGACUUUGAACACACUAUCCAUGUGGGCUUUGAUUUAGUAACUGGAGAAUUCACUGGAAUGCCAGAACAGUGGGCACGUCUGCUGCAGACCUCAAACAUUACUAAGCUUGAGCAGAAAAAGAAUCCUCAGGCUGUGCUCGAUGUGUUAAAAUUCUAUGAUUCUAAGGACACGGCCAGGCAGAAAUAUCUCAGCUUCUCUGCCCCAGACAAAGAUGGAAUCCCCUCCGGUGUAUCGGCUACACCAAAUGCGAAAGGCACUGAAUCCUCAACAACAGCUUCAGAUGAUGACAAUAAUGAGACCCCUCCCCCUAUUGUUGCACCCGGUCCUGAACACACAAAAUCAAUGUACACACGUUCUGUGAUUGACCCAAUACCACCUCCUGCUGGCGAUGCAGACAGUGCAACAAAGAAUGCAGACAGGCAGAAAAAAAAGACCAAGAUGAGUGAUGAAGAAAUCAUGGAGAGACUGAGAACUAUAGUAAGCAUAGGAGAUCCAAAGAAAAAGUACACCAGAUAUGAAAAGAUUGGGCAGGGAGCUUCUGGAACAGUCUUCACAGCUAUUGAUGUAGCAACUGGUCAAGAGGUUGCAAUAAAACAGAUAAAUCUACAGAAGCAGCCCAAGAAAGAGCUUAUUAUUAAUGAAAUCCUUGUGAUGAAAGAACUUAAGAAUCCAAAUAUUGUGAAUUUUUUGAACAGUUUCCUAGUGGGGGAUGAAUUGUUUGUGGUGAUGGAAUAUUUGGCUGGGGGAUCUCUCACAGAUGUGGUCACUGAAACCUGCAUGGAUGAGGCACAGAUAGCAGCCGUCUGCAGAGAGUGUUUGCAAGCUUUGGAAUUCCUACAUGCCAACCAGGUCAUCCACAGAGACAUCAAGAGUGACAAUGUUCUUCUAGGCAUGGAUGGUUCCGUGAAGUUAACUGAUUUUGGUUUUUGUGCCCAGAUUACCCCAGAACAGAGCAAGCGCAGCACAAUGGUUGGAACACCUUACUGGAUGGCUCCUGAGGUUGUUACAAGAAAAGCAUAUGGUCCUAAGGUAGACAUCUGGUCCUUGGGUAUCAUGGCCAUUGAAAUGGUGGAAGGAGAGCCACCUUACCUCAAUGAAAACCCAUUGAGGGCUCUAUAUUUGAUUGCUACAAAUGGCACACCAGAACUUCAGAGUCCAGAAAAACUAUCCCCAAUCUUCCGAGAUUUUCUGAACCGUUCUCUGGAGAUGGAUGUAGAAAAGAGAGGAUCAGCCAGAGAGCUGCUACAGCAUCCGUUCCUGAAACUUGCAAAACCACUAUCUAGCCUAACGCCUCUAAUUCUGGCUGCAAAAGAAGCAAUGAAAGGAAACCGCUAACAGAAAAUUUGCCAACCAUUUCACCAGUGGCCUCAUUGUUACUCUCCCUACACCUUCUUACGCCCUUAAAAUUCUAAAAGUGCCACUCCUACCAAAGUCGUAGGGCAACCAAGACAGCAGAAUCAACUAGGUCCUGUGAAGAAACAGACUCAAAAUCAAAUUUUCCCCUUGCCAAGGGGUGUAAAGUACUGAAAGGAGAUGGCACACCAAGUGCAUCUUCCUUCAAGAAAAUAAGAAUAAACUAUAUAUGUGGCCUUU